UCUGUGACGUCCGGCCCCGCACGCGGGACUCGCCCCGGGAGGCGCCGGGAACCGGACCGGGCGGCGAUGGGGGACUGGAAGGGCUACAUCAGCGCCGUGCUGCGGGACCCGCGCAUCGACGACGUGGCCAUCGUGGGCCACUCGGACAACCGCUGCGUGUGGGCCUCCCGCCCGGGGGGCCUGCUGGCCGCCAUCUCCCCACAGGAGGUGGGCGUGCUCACGGGCCCCGACCGCGACACCUUCCUGCACGCCGGCCUGAGCCUGGCGGGCCGCCGCUGCUGCGUCAUCCGCGACUUCCUGCUGGCCGAUGGCGACGGCGUGCUGGAC